AUGUAAUUAUCACAAGCGACAUCACCUUCAAACCCAAGAGUUUACUUCGAUCUUGAAAUAGGUGGUUAGAAGGCUGGAAGAGUAGUUAUGGAGUUGUUUAAGAAUGUCUGCCCCAGAUCUGCAGAAAAUUUCAGAUAAUUAUGCACUGGAGAAUCUGGAAAGAGAAGCUCAAAUGGCAAGAAUUUCACCUUCAAGAAUAGCUUUUUCCACAGGGUCAUCAAGGGAUUUAUGAUGCAAGGUGGUGAUUUUACUCAUUUCAAUGGCACUGGAGGAGAGAGUAUCUACGGUAGAACUUUCCCAGAUGAGAAUUUCAAAUUAAAACAUGAAACCAGAGGUUUAUUAUCAAUGGCUAAUGCAGGUAAAAACACUAAUGGCUCUCAGUUCUUUUUGACUUUCACUGCCACUCCUCAUCUUAAUGGAAAGCAUGUUGUUUUUGGAAGAGUAGAAAAAGGCUACGAAGUCUGCUAGAGAGUUGAGAAGCUUAAAUGCAACGCUCAAGAUAAGCCUAACGAUAAAGUUGUUAUUGCAGAAUGUGGAGAGAUUAAGCCAGAAGCUAAGAAAGAAGAAAAGAAAAGGGAAGAGGUAAAGGCUAAGAGCACUACUGAGGAGGUAAAGAGUUCAGAGAAGAAAGUUCCCGAAGAAAAGAAAAGAGAGGAUAAGGAACCUAAGAAGAGAAGUAGAAGCAGAAGCAGAGAGAUACAAAGAGGUUAGAGAAGAGAAAGUAACAAUGAAGAAAGAAUUAAAGAAAAAGAUAUAAAGCAUCACACUGAUAGUGCCAAAGAAGAAGGAGUAAAAAGAAGAGAAAGCGAUGCCGAUCGCAAAAGGUCAAGAAGCAGAGAAUGA